AUGUCCAAAGAAGACAAACUGUUCCUCCUUCUCCAUCACAUCGUCGAAACGCCAGGGAUUAUUUUGAGUAUUACCUUGCUUGUAAUCAUCACUCGUUCGACUCCACCAUGGCUCAAAUCCUACUCAAUUCUUAUCGGGAAUUCAGCUCUUACCGAUUUAAUCGCUUGCCUCGUUAACAUGUUUGUCAUGCAGAGAAUGAUUCCCGUCCACCUAUCGCUAUUCUACAUAUCCUAUGGUUACUGUACCUUUUUCGGUCCACGUGUUUGCUAUCUCGGCUAUUGUACUGUCGUGUAUGCGAUGACCGACGGACUUUACUCAUUAGCAAUCUCAUUUCUCUAUCGUUAUUAUGUACUGAUACAUUCGGGAUCCAUAAAAAAAGGAACUCUUUUGCUUAUCUGUUUUCUCGUCUCAACUCCAUCAAUCAUGUCAUCGAUCACAUUUUCAACUUGUGACGAUGAUCCGGCAGUGUUAAGACCUCUUUUAACUUCAGCACUUAAUUACAAUUUAACCAAUCUACAAGUAUCGGGUCAUAUAACGAUCUUGAAAUUCUGGACAAUGUACACAAUCACCUUUACAAUUGGAUGUACAGGAGUCUCAUAUAUGAUCAUGUUCUGGUGUCGAAGAAGAGUUUUGAUGGCCUUAUCGAUUAUGGAUUUGAGCCCGAAGACUCGAGCGAUUCACCGAGAGUUGAGGAUGGCGUUAACGGUUCAAUCACUUUUACCACUUGUUCUCGUUUUUUGUGCUUCACUUUAUGGAAUCCAACAAAUGGGAAUUGUGCAUUCACCCACCUUCGAACAUUUGAUUUAUUAUAUUGUCGCUUUUCAGCCGGUGUUGAGUCCAAUUUUCAGCAUCUAUUUUGUGCGCCCAUAUCGAGAAUCAGUACUUAAAUUGGUCAACCGAUGGAAACCGCAAAAGAAAUCCCUCGUAUCCGUCAGCAACACAGCAGCAACCUCAUCCGGUGUUGGA